AAAGAAAAAGCAAAAACCAAGAUAACCUUUGAUCAAGAGCAUGUGAAGAAUAGUUGGACCUGCCAAAUAGUUAAUCUUUGCUCUCUCAUUCCAUAUUGUUAAAUUCUUGAAAUUGUCGAUAUAGAUGACGUAUGGCGCGGUGAGUUUCCUGCUGGAAAACGUGUCGCGGCUGCUGACGUCACAUGCCGAUCUUCUCUCAGGCGUCGGCACGGAAGAGGAGCUCCGGCUGCUGACGAACGAUCUAAUGUCUUUCAAGACUUUGCUGGAGCCCGAGUCAACAAGGUUGAAUAAAGCCACACAACUCAGGGAAGUUGAAAGGCAAAUCAAGAAAGUGGUGUAUGCUAUUGAGGACACAAUCGACGCUUGUGUGACUCUUCUGGCCAAGGCAGCUGCAGACUGGAAAUAUAUAUCCGGUCGGAGACGAGAUCUCGUCGAUCUGGCGCCUGCUGACCUGGCACAGCUCGUCAGGUCGCUUAGGAAAGAUGAGUUGAAACCUGCCAUGGGCAGGCUCAUUGGGACUGACAUUGCUAAGGUACGAAUUGGCCACGACAAAUCUGAUGGAUCGAGACAAGCAAAAGCAGCCAAGGCUGAAAAAGGCAGCCUCAAUCAUGGGAGACAGCAUGAUAGGCCUGGAAGAUGAGGAAAGAAAAUUAAUAAAAACUCUGACCGCAGAAAGAUAUUCUUAUAAUAAGAUGCGCAUCAGCAGCCUCAUCGGAAUGCCUGGCCUCGGGAAAACGACCCUUGCUUGGAAGGCUUACAACAAUGAGGAAAUCCA